AUGUCAUUGAUUGAAAGAUUAGAGAAUCUAUCAAUUGAAGACGCCACAUUCAAAGAAGAUCUUAAGCAAUUUAUUUCAGAAGACGAAAAAGAAAUUGAACAAUUAACAUCCAAACAAAAAUCACAAUUACAUAGAAAUCUCCUAAAGUAUGCUCAAGACAAAGAACAUUCCAAAGUAUUAUAUGAAUUGCUAUUAAAUGAUCCUGGACGCUUCUUGAAAGGUUUAUACACAGCCAAUGAUUCAUCUGCUUCCAUUAUCAGACAUGUCAUUCUCAAGAAUAAUGAAAAAAAUUCAGAAGCAUUGGUUCAAUCAUUAUUCAGUACAAUUAGAAUCAUCUUGAAAGAUAAUCAUGAUCCAGAAGUAUACAAGUUCUAUUUAGGUAUUUAUAGUUCUUUGGUAUCACAUUUCCAAAUGACAAAUCCUCAACAUUUGAAUUUAUUUUUAACAUUUAUUAGUCUGGAUUAUGAAAUCCAGAGAACAAUUCUUGUAUCAUUAGUUCAAAGUUUACAAUUACAAAAGAAGAUUACUUGUGAAAUUGUUCAAGAGUACUUAGAGGUUAUUAUGGAAGAAGAAACACUUGAUCCUAAAGAAUUUUUGAAUUUUGUAAUUACUCUUGAAUUAUGUUUUCCAAUGAUCCCGGAAAUAAUUGAAGGGAUAUAUCAAUCAGAAAAGACCAAGAAGCAUAUCCUUUCCAAAAUAUCCUCCAAUCCAGAAGAAGAAAUGCAUUGCGCAAUAUUAAAACUCAUUAGUGCGUCUUGCAUAGUUGAAAAUUGUCGUACCUUCAAUGUUUCCAAUUAUUAUGAAUUCCUAGUCAAGGGAAUCCAAUCCCCUAACCCCAAAAUUCAAGUAUUGUCCAGUGUUACUUUAGUUAAAUUAUGGAAAUUCGUUGAAUUAGAAAAGAAAUCAGACAAGACAGUCAAUACUAGAAUACUCGCAGAUACAUUAAUUUCAUACUUGAAACAGACACAGGAUGUUGAUGAAGCAUAUAUUGAAAUUGCCAUUGAAGGAAUGAUUUAUUUGACUUUAUAUUGGGAAGUUCGAGAAUUGAUUAGGAUGGAUAUUGAAUUUAUCGAAGUCUUAAUUUCUAAGCUUGAACAACAAACUACCGCUCUUCCAGGUGAUACGCAAAAGCUUAACUUUCCAUUUCAAUACGGUAUUCUUUCGAUCUUUGUCAAUCUCACCAAACUUCAAGACAUAAAUGAUAAAAAUACAGCUAAGGAUAUCAAAAAUCUAGCAACACCAAAACCUGGAUCAGAUAGUAAGAAAGAAGAUCAAAAUGCCAUCAAAUUAUUCAAUCGAGAAUUAUUAUUCGAGAAUAAAAUCAUUAGCAAAAUCACGAGCCUCAAAUCUAUCAAAGGUACGACUUCUCAGAAUUCAUUCAAUCAAGUUACAAAAAUCUUAUACAACCUUUCCUGGGAUCAAGACAAAAAAACCAGACUCGAGCUCGUAAAACAAGGUGCAUUAAAUAUAUGCAUAAACUAUCUUGUCAAUUUCAGUGACGUCAAACAACGCCAGGAUCAAACCAUCUACUCGUUCCCAAAACUGAAAGACCCAUCAGUAAUCGAAUCCAGAGUAUUCGCAAUCAGAUCCCUCGCCAGACUAUUAAUCUCCGUCGAUCCAAGACUCGCCCCCUCCUCCAAAUAUGACAUCCCCACCACUGCAAUUCCAUUCUUGAAAGAAUUAUUAGGACCCGAUAUGACAAACUACACGCCCGGAUCUCAAUUCCUUCCAGAAUCAUCCUCAUAUCUUCAAGAAAUGACACUACUCGAUAAAUUCGAAUCCCUUCUCGCACUAACCAACAUCGCCACCAAUCCCGAUCUUCGUACCUACAUCGUUCGUCAAACCUAUGAUUCCUAUCUCGACACCCUUAUCCUCGACGCCGAUAAUCCGGAGAUCCAAAAAGCGGCUUGGGAACUAGUGGCGAAUUUGAUAUCUGAACCCAUCCUCCUCGCGAAAUUUUUCAAUAUCGGCCCCGGUGAAAACCAAGCGGCGAAUCGAAGACGAUUGGAUCUUGUGGUGAAGUUUUUGAAUUCGCCAAGGGUGGAAUUACAGCGGGUUGUGGCGGGAAUGUUGGCGAAUGCGACUAUUGAGAAUGAUGUGAUUGUGGAAGUGAUUGUGGGGGAAAGGGAGGUGUGUGAUGCGUUGAUGGAUGUGAUUGCUGAUUUGUUUGUGAAUCAGGCGGACGAUGAGGAGUUGAUGUAUCCUGUAGGAUAUUUGUUUGUGGAUAUAAUUUGUGGCAUGGCGAAUAAUGAAACUGAUAGUGGAAAAGAGAUGUUUAUGAGGUUGAAGGAGAAUAAGAAACUUAAAGAUGGAUGUGGGAAUGUGUUGAGGAGGUGUAAACGACCAGAUGUGGUUCAGUUCGUAGGGGGAAUGAUUAAAAUUAUACAAUUUAAGUAA